AUGUCACAUCUCGCCGUUGCUCGCGCCGAAAGCAUCGCUCUUCUUCACCUUCUACAUACCGUUCCUACACCGCCGUCAUCCAAUCACGCAGCUUGUGCCCCGCUAAACCCAUCGUACUCCCUGACUUUCAGGAAGGAGCGAGACUUGACUAGCACACUUGCCUUUCUCUCGUGUAUGAAAGAUGACCCAGAUCGCGUUCCCGCUGUUUGCAUCAAGCAGAACAUGGCAGCGGCAUCGAUAAGCGUUCUCAUAGCAGUGAAUAAACGUAACCCACAUGGUGGUAACGUGGUGUUACGGGACUUAGAGCAGAGUCUCGAGAGCAUCUUUGCCAUCCUUUCGCGGGUGACGAAUCACCGUCCUCUUGACAUUGAACAUGAGAUCUUUAUGGCGAUCGUCACGAUGUGCUCGCGCCGUAUUCUCUGUCGUCUGAGAUUCAUUUCUAAUGCUUGGAAGAAGCCGAAGCAACCCGUAACGGAAGUUCUGCAAACCGCAGUACUUAGUCUUGGCCAACUCGGAAAGGAAAGACUAGGUGCGCUUUCCCACGACGCGAUGCUAUUCACAGAAAGGGCAAAGCAUGUGAUACGGCUGAUUGGGUCAUGGAACAAGCACCAAACAACUCAUCAGUUGAGCGAACUCGUACAUGGAAUCUACGACUUACGAACAAUGGUGGAUCUUGGGCCUUUGAUAGCCACCAUACCAAACAAUAUGAUGGCCCCAAGCUCAAGAAGCAACCUGGUCAACAUCAUGAGCAAAGUCGCGAGGUACCGAGAAGCCGCUCAUUUCUUGCACCGAACAGCGAAGAAGUAUCCAAUAUUUCGGCGCAUGAAGGUCGUGCCUGCCGAUCUACCUGAGCACUUCUUUGAUCUCGACCCAACAAGCUUCAAUACCCCAAAUCUUGCAGCCAAACUCAUGAGGAUUGAUACAGUGCACCGGAAACCUGAGAUAGACUACAUCUGCCGCUUGCUGGGUACAACAGAAUCACAAGCAAACCAGACCAUUGCAACCCAGAUAAGGAAGACGAUGACGGAAGCGAAGAUACAUGCUGAAAUCCAGCUUCUCUAUUACUGCGAAGUCAACGACUUGCGUCCACCACCUCGAGUAAUCUGUUCGAGUAAGGACGCUUGUUAUCUCUGCAACGCAUUCAUUAUCUCGCACGGGAAGAUGCACAUGCCUAGGUACCAUGGACGAUUGUACCCUGGAUGGCGACUGCCUCAAUGUCCAGCCAUGAAAGCUACGGAGCUGAAGUUUAAUGCUGUGUUGGAUGAAAAGCUUAGACAAAGUCUUGGCAUCAUUGUUUUGAAGCGGCAAAAGACUGUGUACCCAGAUCCUAAUGAGAGCACGCUGCUCACUCUCGCCGCCUCUACGUCAACGCUGCGCAGUUCGCUAUUAUCAAGAGACACGAAGAAUGACUUAGACGCUGUGCAGAUCCUAUCGCACGAUGAUGCCGUUCAAGAAGAUGCUUCGGAAACGUCGAGUGUUUCGACAGUUAAAGCGCCAGUGGAAGAAGUGCAGAUUGCUGGGUGUGCGACGAACGACAUGAGCGUUACGAUAAAGGCAGAAGCGAACGCGGAGAGUCUACUGAUGAAUGACACUGCUUCAGAUGUAGUUCCCGGUCACUCCUAUAGCUCUCGGGCUAUGUCACUUGGAGAAGACAACGGCGACGUCAUGGCGCUUGUUCCAGGUCAACCGCUAUCGUGCAUCAUUACAGCUGGGAACGUGUCACCAUUCUACGCUGCGGGAUCUUUAGAGAUGCAAAUCGACUACCCUAUCGAAGAAGUGCAGAUAUCGACCGACGGUACUCCAAAAGAUAUUAUAUGCGGUGUGGAAUGGGUCGUGACUCAAGGAGCAGAAAGACCGUAUGAGCAUCGAGCAGCUUCUAUCAUCGACGCAGAAGCGCUAGAGGGCGAAUCUAUGUAUGAGUUAGACGACCAGAACUGUCUAUCCUUCAUAGCUCGGGGCGUUCUGAUGAAGAUCAGUGUGCGACGGGGAGAUCCUGAGCACUCUGAAUAACAAAUUUCGUAGGUAAGAGACGAUUUCACAUGGCGACGAACCAUUUUAGAAUAAAGCGUAGCUGAGGUUUACGUUGGUGGUAACUCGAAUACGGCAUGUCGAGGGUAAAGUCGUGGGUUAUGGAAGGGUUCCUCAUGGCAAGUGGGGUGAGCGCCACAC